AUGAAGUUCGGACGCCAUCUUCUGCGGACCCAGCUUCCAGAAUGGUCUGCCAACUACAUCAAUUACAAAGGAUUGAAGAAGCUUAUUAAAGCUGCUGUUGCUACUAUCAAGACCGGAGCAGAACCUGACCUAGCUGAAUUCUUCUUUACCUUGGACCGAAACCUCGAAGAUGUCGACGAAUUCUAUAACAAGAAGUUUGGAGAUGCGUCUCGGCGGUUGAACCUUCUCAAGGAGCGAUAUGGCUCGUCAAAGGAAGCUUUGGAGUCUUUGGAUCUCAACGAUAUUGAGGAGCUUAGGGGUGCUCUGCUGGAGCUUCGUGAACAACUGAGGAAGCUCCAAUGGUUCGGAGAUCUGAACCGGAGAGGCUUUACCAAGAUCACGAAGAAGUUGGACAAGAAGGUCCCGAAUAUCUGCACGAAAGAAAGAUAUCUGGCUUCAAAGGUGGAUUUGAGACCAUUCGUGACAAACGCUGGUUUACUGGAAGAGCUGAAGGCGACGAUCAAUGGUCUAUUGUCGGUGCUUGGUGACAUCCAGGCCAACGCCGAUGCUAAUGAUGCCAAGUCUGUCGACUCGGCUCAUUCUAUCAAGCAGGUCUCAUCGAGGUCGAUUUUCAAUUUGCCCAACGGCCUUCUUGACACCGUCGAUCAAGCCAUCAGAAACGACAAUGUACCGGCUUUAGAGGAAUCAAUUGCGGAGGCCGGUCUGGAACCGAACGACCCCGCAAUGCAAAAGUUGCUCGUCGGUCUGUUACAGCGAUGCAUCUCAUGCAAGUCGAAGAACUCCAUAAGCUAUCUUCUGAAGCACAUUGGAUCUUUGGACGAGACGGACGACAUCAACAAGCGUAAUUGCUUGCAUCGUUUGGUCAUUGCCAUUGGCCGGGCGAAGUCUCCCAGAGCAGGGGACCAGACCGCUGCAUCUCUUUUGAGUGUCGAUCACAAUGGGAACAGAUUUCUCACGCCUGCAAUAUCCACUCCCCUCGGCCCUGCUCCAAGUAAUCUCACAGAGUCUCCCUUGUUGAGUAUGGAUGAUGAACAUGUCAAGCUCCUAGCCUAUGUGCUGCAAGCCCUGGAGCCACAUCAGCGCACCGCAUUGAAGUCGAGAGACAACUACGGUAGAUUUCCUCUCCACUACGCGGCUCAGUUUGGAUUCGUAAUCGUUUGCGAGCUUGUCAUGAAGAGUAUGCAGGAGUGGGGUCAAUUCAAUGUCGAGAAUGGCAUCGAUGCACCGGAAUGGCAAGACAAUGAGGGCCAAGCGCCGCUGCAUCUCAGUGUCAUCGGAGGUCACCCUUUGACAACAAAUGCUCUUCUCAGGGGAGAAAAUUGGCGAGGCCAGAAUGACCAGAAGGCUGCCUUGAGACGGGAUAUCUCGAAGUCAAGUGCUGUUUUGGCCAUGGCUACCAAGGCGAACCUCACAGUGAUUGUAAAAUUGCUUGUAAGUGCUGGGGUUGAUAUCAACUGGCAAGACCCGGCUGGUGAGACUGCCCUACAUGUUGCUGCCAGAUUUGGACACGAGGAAUGCGCCAAAAUAUUACUCCAAGGCACCCCGGAGCAGAAGAUCAGUGUUGAUCUGACAGAGAAUACGUUUUCUUGGACGCCUCUCCAUAUCGCCUCGGUCGAUGGACAUCUGUCGAUCGUGGAACUUCUGAUCGCAGCCGGUGCCAAUGUUCAAAUUCCCGAUGUAUCCGGCUGGCUGGCCAGAGAGCACGCAGCUCUCCGCGGCCACAUGAAAAUAGCUGCAAGGCUAGCAGAGGCUGGCUCGGCUACCUCGAGUCCAAAAUCAAGCGCCUCUGCGGGCACUCGAUCAUCUUCUCCACCAGCUAUGUCAUCAAUUGAAACUGCCCGCUCCCAGAUGACCAAGGUCGAGAUGGCCGAGCCGCUCAAAACUUUUGGUCAUCGUUAUCUCACGAACGAUAGCAUGAUCCUUGUCAGUUUGGGCUCCAUGGAUAUGCGGAAGGACGUUCCAGCAGUUAAACUCGAGAAGAUUCCCAUCGCUGAAGCUCAUUCCACGCAACUCGAUACCGCUCUUUCUGUAAUAGUCAGCGCCAGAGGAGCACAAGGAGAGCCAUCCACCAUCGACCUCCCGGUUCCGGACAACAUCUCCACAGAGCCAAUGGUCUUCACAGCUGUCGAUGCUUCGAAAGUCAAGCUAUUCUUCGACAUUGUGCCAACCUAUUCUGGUCACCAGGAUCACAAGGUUGGAAGAGGUGUUGCGAUUCUAGGUAGCAUCAAACAAGCGAUCGGUAUAUCACGAAUGAACUUGCAGGGAGAUGUUAGCGUUCCAAUCAUGAGUACAGAUCUUGAGGUCAUUGGUACCGUCAACUUCAACUUCUUGAUCAUCAAACCCUUUUUCCACCCAAACAUGUCGAUCACAACCAAGCAUACAUACUGGAAGGAGGUUGCUUCAACGAUGAUCAUCGGCCACAGAGGUCUCGGCAAGAACGUCACCUCGAACAGAUCUCUGCAGCUCGGGGAGAACACCCUGCAGUCUUUCAUCGCUGCAACCAAUCUUGGGGCUAGUUACGUCGAAUUUGAUGUUCAGCUAACCAAGGAUCACGUUCCAGUCAUUUACCAUGACUUCCUGGUCAGUGAGACCGGUAUCGAUGCACCUGUUCAUACGCUCACGGCAGAACAAUUUCUCCACGUAAACGAUGCUUCGCCUAGAGUCUCCCGACCUCCUACUCCGCCAAGAGAUAAUCCUCAAAUCCGGGUUGUCCGAGGUACAGACCGAGUCCGCUCAUUGUCCACGGGACACCUGCUGCAGGAUAUCGAUAUGGCCGAGAAGAUGAAGCACACCCGUGACUUCAAGGAAAAGGGGUACAAGGCGAACACUCGCGGAAAUUUCAUCCAAGCGCCUUUCACCACUCUCGAGGAGAUGUUCCUGAAGCUUGAGGAGAAUGUGGGCUUCAAUAUUGAGAUGAAAUAUCCAAUGUUGCACGAGUCCGAAGAGCACGACAUGGACGUUUAUGCCGUUGAGCUUAACACCUUCUGUGACACGGUGCUCAAGAAGGUGUAUGACUUGUGCAAGAAGCGCAAAAUCAUCUUCAGCAGUUUCAACCCUGAUAUCUGCCUUCUGUUGAGUUUCAAGCAGCCCAGUAUUCCUGUGUUGUUCUUGACAGAUGCGGGUACUUCUCCGGUUGGUGACAUUCGGGCCAGCAGCCUUCAGGAGGCUAUUCGAUUUGCGAGUCGUUGGAAUCUGCUCGGUGUUGUCAGUGCAGCCGAGCCGUUGUGCAACAGUCCUAGGUUGGUGAAGGUUGUGAAAGACAGUGGAUUGGUCUGCGUCAGUUACGGCACGCUGAACAACGACGAAGACAAAGUAGAUCAACAAGUCAGAGAAGGUAUAGACGCAGUGAUUGUCGAUAACGUUCUGAAGAUAUACAAGGGGAUGUCCAGAAAUGCGGCGAAAUUAAUCGAUGCAACUCUCGACAAGGGGAACUUGGCCGGCGGUGUUGAGGAGGUAGUCGUCUAG